AUGGAUAAUGUUUGUCAUGGUCAAGACGACACUGUGGAAUAUUUCUACAUGUAUUCUUGCCUGUUCUCGGGUAUCCAUUUCUCUGUGAAGCCUUGCGCUUACCGCCAACACCCCGAGUUUUCUUCUCACACUUUAGCACCCAACCGACCUCUCUGGUUUGUCCUCUCACUUGUUUCGGACCUUGAUGAUGAGUCUGUCUUCACUUGUAACUUUUCUGGAUUUCUCAAAAAAAGUGAUAAACUUUUGUCGCCCGGAAUCAUGAAGUUUCCAUUUUCAGCCAUUGUUGCUCUUUGGUUUGUUUGUGAACUGUUGGUGGUACUUGUUCUCGCAAAUUCACGUUUCCCUGAGGGAACUUAUAGUUUUGAUAGGAACUCCCAUGUGACGUAUAAGUAUGAUCGUAUAAAUGAAGUCCAGAGACAGUGUGCCUCUGUGUUAUCUGCUUCAUCUGAAUUAAGAUAUGAAUAUAGUGUUACUGGUAUGAAAAGAGAGCUUUCUUUUGCGAAUGGGGAUUGGAGGCAGGAUGGGGGUAAGUUUCCCAUAAUGCCAUUUGAUGCUAGCAAAUCUCCCGGAACCUCGUUUGAAGACCAUGCUUCAAUGAACUUGGUAUCUUUUUGGGUAUCGGAUGUUGAUCUUGACCACCGGUUGAAGAAGUCAAUUCCUAUCAAUGGUUUUACGGUGAUUGGCAUUACUAGAGAUGGUAAUUUUGUGGACAAUGCAUAUGAUGGGAAUCCUGAGUUUCAGUUAUGGUCCAGCCAUUCUCAGCUCUCAAUUCCCUUUCAAGGGAUCUACACUGAAUCAAGGAAAAAUGGCGGGGAAAGGGUGUUGUGUUUGUUAGGGAACACUAUGCUUCCGACUCGAGAGGCUGAUCCUGCCAACCCGUGGCAAUGGAUGAAGAAUCCUGGUGAUAUACCGUUGUCAGAAGAUGAUCAGAUUCUGCUUGUUCUUCGCUAUCCAAUGACAUUCACAUUAACAAACAGGGUGAUCAGUGGAGAGCUUAGAAGCUUGAACCGGGAGUCCAAUUCUAAAUACUUUGAUGUUGUUCACAUGUCAUCACAGUUGGGCAAGUCAGCCAAGUACACAUUUGGCUCACAACAAAUUGUAUCAAAAGCAUGCAAUCCGUACCCAGUUAAAGAUAACCUGACGGAUGAUGGCAUUAGUGUCUACAAGGGGGCAAGGUUUUGUGAAAUCCUUGAAGAAAUUACUAGAGAAAAACCUUUAUCUGUGGUGCCAAACUGGAGAUGUAAAGGCACAGAUGAUUUUUGCAGUAAGUUAGGUCCCUUUCUGUCGGACAAGGAAAUCAAAUCGACAGAUGGAGGCUUUCAAGAUGUUAAACUUUAUAUGCAGGAUGUGAUCUGUGAGCAAGCAGCUAGUAAGAGUAACACUGGGUCUGCUAGGGUAUCAACUGUUUUCAGAGCAGUUUCUCCAUCAGAGAAUCUGUACACUGCAGCAAAAAGAUCUGGCCCUAGCAACACGUCUCUUGCUGCAGAAGGGAUUUGGAAGUCUUCUAGUGGACAGCUUUGCAUGGUUGGUUGCCUAGGAGUUGUUGAUGCCAAAGGGAGUAAAUGUAGUACUCGGAUCUGUAUGUAUAUUCCUACCACUUUUUCCUUAAAGCAACAUAGUAUUGUUUUGGGAACUUUGUCUCCCAUUAGUGAUAGUAGUGCCUUCUUUCCCCUAUCGUUUGAGCAACUUGUGCUACCUUCAGAACUCUGGAACUAUUUCAAGCUCACAAACCCAAAUUACAGUUACUCCAAAACUACUUUGGCUGGUACUGUCCUAGAAAAAAAUGAGCCCUUCAGUUUUACAACUGUCAUUAAGAAAUCAUUGCUAACUUUCCCCAAACUUGAGGACAAUGAUGCAUUCCAAGAUAGUCUGUCUCUUCUUGCAGAAGAUCUCACUUAUCAUGUCGUUGGUUUUCCUGACCCUAUACCUAAUGUCUUGACCCCUAGAGUUGACAUUCAAAUGGAGAUUCUCUCCAUUGGUCCUUUGUUUGGACGCUAUUGGUAUGCUCAAAAUGGUUCAACAUCUGAACAGGAAAUUCCAUAUCAUGACAUGGCUGCUGAAUAUACAGAAAAGCAACUUCUUAUAAAUGUAUCUGCACAACUCAGUCUUUCUGGAAAAGGUUACAGUAACUUUUCUGUGCUUUUUCUGGAGGGUCUUUAUGAUCCACAUGUAGGAAAGAUGUAUCUAAUUGGUUGCAGAGAUGUGCGAGCAUCAUGGACGGUCUUAUAUCAGAGUUAUGAUCUUGAGGCUGGAAUGGACUGUUUGAUUGAGGUGGUUGUGGCUUAUCCUCCUACCACAACUCGGUGGCUAGUCGAUCCCAGAGCUACAAUAUCAAUAGAAAGUCAAAGGACUGAUGAUGAUGCCCUUCGAUUCAAUUCAAUAAGGCUCAAAACCUUUCCAAUCAUAUACAGGAAGCAGCGUGAGGAUCUUCUAUCACGAAGAGGUGUUGAAGGGAUUCUCAGACUCUUGACACUUUCAUUUGCAAUUGGGUGCAUUUUAAGCCAACUGUUUUAUAUACAACAUAGUGUGGACUCUCUUCCAUAUAUAUCACUUGUGGUGCUAGGUGUUCAAGCUCUUGGGUAUACCAUUCCUCUGGUCACAGGUGCAGAGGCUCUUUUUAAGAAAAUGGUUUCUGAAUCUUAUGCUGUGUCAUCUAGUGAAUUGGAGAGCAGUGAAUGGCUCCAUGUCAUUGAUUACACUGUCAAACUGUUGUUGAUUGUAUCAUUGCUGAUAACCCUGCGACUUUUUCAGAAGGUAUGGAAGUCUCGCAUCAGACUGCAAACGCGUUCCCCUCUUGAGCCACAUCGAGUCCCCAGUGAUAAAUGGGUAUUUCUUUGUACCCUCUCCAUACAUGUGAUAGGGUAUGUAAUUGUUCUGAUAAUUCAUGGCACAAAGACCAGUCAGAAGGAUCUUAUAGCAAAGACAUAUUUGGUUGAUGGAGAAAAUUCUCAUUCAUUGCCAGGAUGGGCAACAGAAUUGGAAGAAUAUGUAGGUCUUGUUGAAGACUUUUACUUGCUUCCUCAAAUUAUUGGGAAUCUAUUGUGGCAUAUCGAUUGCAAACCUCUCAGAAAACUAUAUUUUAUUGGAAUCACUGUGGUCAGACUUCUUCCUCAUAUCUAUGAUUACAUUCGAGCUCCAGUUGCAAAUCCUUACUUCUCUGAGGGCUCUGAAUUUGUCAAUCCAAAUUUGGAUUUUUACUCGAAAUUUGGAGAUAUUGCUAUUCCUGUGACUGCUAUUAUUCUUGCAACUGUGGUCUAUGUUCAACAAAGAUGGACCUAUGAUAAGCUGAGUCAGAUUCUGACAUUUGGAAAGUAUAAGCUUCUCCCAAGUUUCAGAUACCAAAGAUUGUCUUCUAGGUCUUGUGAAUCCGAACUAGUUCCUGGUAUCAAUGGUGCUGCUGCAAAAGAGAAUGAGCAAGUUGAUGUAGAGUGA